GACCACUUUGACAGCCUGACUUCUUCCUCCUGAAGACCACAGAGGAACUUGCGCUGCAGAGGAAACGUCUCCUCCCUGUUUCAAACAGGAAGAAGAGGAGCAGCCAUGACUGUGAGAGCAGCAGUGACUGGAUUGGUUCUCUUUCUUCUCUCUGUGCCAGUGGUCCACAGUCAGGAUGGCUGGGCUGUGACUGUCCCCUCUCCUCAGAUCUGUGCUGUGAAAGGAUCAACAGUGGACCUACCCUGCACCUUCACAUAUCCAGAAACAAUAGAGGGGCAGUCCACGAUUGUAGAGGGGAGAAAGUGGUUUACUGGCAGAAGUUAUCCUGGAUCUGUGGACCUGAAAUCAGACCCAGACUACUCAGGUCGUGUGCAGUAUCCUCCUACUGGGAAUGACUGCACUCUGAGAAUCACAGACCUGCAGGAGAGAGAUGCAGCUGCGUACUUGUUCAGAUUUGUGACCAACCAACCAGGUGGAAAAUUUACUGGUAAAGGAGUCACUUUGACCAUCACAGAUGUUCAGGUGCAGGUACAGCAAGUUUCCACCCAGGCAGUGCUGAGGUGUGUCACUAGCUGCUCUUCUUCUGCUGAUCCUUCAUAUGUCUGGUACCAAAAUGGGCAUGAAAUGACUGAAACCACAUCUGAUCAUACAGUCACUGUGGAUGUUAACCAUGAGUAUUCCUGUGCUGUUAAAGGACAGGAGAAUCAUCGCUCCACUGAAGUGUUGGUUCAGGGAUGGGGAGUGACCCUGCCCUCUCCUCAGAUCUGUGCUGUGAAAGGAUCAACAGUGGACCUACCCUGCACCUUCACAUAUCCAGAAACAAUAGAGGGCCAGUCCACGAUUGUAGAGAGCAGAAAGUGGUUUACAGACAGAGGCUAUCCUGGAUCUGUGGACCUGAAAUCAGACCCAGACUACUCAGGUCGUGUGCAGUAUCCUCCUACUGGGAAUGACUGCACUCUGAGAAUCACAGACCUGCAGGAGAGAGAUGCAGCCGAGUACUGGUUCAGAUUUGAGACCAACAAACCAGGGGGAAGUUUUACUGGUAAAGGAGUCACUUUGACCAUCACAGAUGUUCAGGUGCAGGUACAGCAAGUUUCCACCCAGGCAGUGCUGAGGUGUGUCACUAGCUGCUCUUCUUCUGCUGAUCCUUCAUAUGUCUGGUACCAAAAUGGGCAUGAAAUGACUGAAACCACAUCUGAUCAUACAGUCACUGUGGAUGUUAACCAUGAGUAUUCCUGUGCUGUUAAAGGACAUGAGGAUUACCGCUCUCCUGUGGUGUAUGGUCCAAAGCCUCCCUCUGUGUCAGUGAGUCCCUCUGCUGAGAUUAAGGAGGGCAGCUCAGUGAUUCUGACCUGUAGCAGUGAUGCUAACCCAGCAGCUAACUACACCUGGUACAAGGAGAAUGAAGACUCACCUCUAGCUUCAGGACACAUCUUCACCAUCACUGAUGUCAGAGCUGAACACAGUGGGAAUUACUACUGUGUAGCCCAGAACACAAGAGGGCGCCAUAACUCCACCAUCACUCUGACUGUUUGGGCCGAGAACUCAUCAUUCAUAGCAAACAUCUCCAGGACGACUCUGGAAGUCUUGAUGAUGGGUCUUCUUCUUCUCCUCUUGAUUCUGUGGAGGAGAACUUACUUCAGGAAGAAGGUCACCAUGGAGGCUAUACCUGCAGAAGCAAUGGAGUUAAACUCUGAUCCUGUGUACGAGAACAUCUCAGCCGUCACUGCAGCACAGAGAGAAGGAAGAUGCUGUAUGAAGUCCUCAGGUUAGAGCCUGCUGCACUGAAUAAACAGACCCACUGUAGAUUUACAGUCAUCUGUGUCACAUGUUACAACCAUACUAUACCAGGAUUCCAGUCACUUUUCUGUCAUGUUCUCUAAAUGCUGUUGAAUCAGGAGAAGACUUCCUGUGGAGAAGUGGGGACAUUUACCUUCAGCUGCUGUAGGCUGAUAUGAAUUCAUGUGAAAUUCUCACUGAGAGACAAAAAUCAGGCUGAAAACAGAUAUAAAAUAAUGUUAUAAUUACCAACAGAGAAAGAGGAAUGCAGACAAACCAUCAGCAGAAAGCUGAAUUUGAUGCCUUAGACUGAAGAAGUAAAAAUCUGCAGUUAGCGCUCUAUCUCUCUCUGUUUAUAAAUGUUUAUAUAUGUUUUAUGUGAUUCUCAACCAUUUUGAUAUCAAGUGUCACACCAACAGAUUUAUUGUCAUGUACUUCAUCAACAUUAAUGUCAGUCAGUCUGCAUUUUACUGCUUUGUUCAUUCUGUAGUUUCCAAAAUGUUUUUUAAUUGAGUUUAAUGCUUU